UAUAGUUCACAUGGUCCUCACAGCUUGGUCACUGGCCAACACCUGAGGCCUCCAAGGCCAUCUUCUCUGUCCACACUCACACAUCCCUAAUGCCCUGCUACGCUGUGGUUCACGCCCAAGGAGAAUCAAUAGGUGCGAGGCCGUGUCAAAAAUGCACAAUUUGGAUUAGCCGUCUCCCCAUCACUACCUCCCUACACUGAUCUGAAAGCAUGCAGGCCUUCAAUGUUACUUGAAUGGGCCAACGUUCACCCACUAAACAGUGUCUCCAACAGCAGAAGCAGCAGGAAAAUGACAACGAUGUUAGCUGGAAAAGUAACGUGCGAGGAAGAGUACUGCCACCGGGCCGCAGAGAGCGAAUAACAAACUCGGGGUGAAAGUCUCAGGAAAACACCGCAAGGAGUCCGAGGACCAAGAGGUCAGUCCACUUCCGGUUUCCGGGACUCGCGCGCAUGCGCCAGCUGGAAUGACUCUCUCACUUCUCCUAGUCCGCCGUAAGGGAAUGGUUUAAAUAAGCUUCGAAACCCAUGAUCUAGAAUUUUAUCUCAAGAGCCUUGUAUCAAGGAAGCCCGGGUUAACAGCAGUGAGGCACCCACGGCGGUAGUUGUCCGUGUAUAGAUCGCUGUGUCCUGUGUUCCAAAUCAUCCUCUAGACACUAAAUUCACAUAGAAGCCUCUCCCAACUUCACUCACUCCGUGGAUCAGUUUAAACAAGGAAAGUUGUAUGCAUGGGUUUAAGUGUUGAUGACGUCCAAAAGUGUGGCUCCAGCUGAUAAUCUCUGAACCAGGGAUUGAACUCAGGCCCUUGCACUUGCCAGAAACUUACAGAUAUCAAAAAAUGACUGCAGUAGAGCAGGCUGAGGCCCAACUUUCAGAGUUAGAACUACUGGCCAGUAUGUUCCCUGGUGAAAGUGAGCUUAUAGUCAAUGACCAGCUGGCUGUAGCAGAGCUGAAAGAUUGUAUUGAGAAGAGGACCAUGGAAGGGAGAUCUUCAAAAGUCUACUUUACAAUCAAUAUGAACCUGCACAUAUCUGAGGAAGUAAUGGUGAUGUUUUCUGUGGCCUGCAUUCUUCCCUUUAAAUAUCCUGAAGUCCUUCCUGAAAUUACUGUAAGAUCAGCACUGUUAAGUAGAUUACAGCAGUCUCAGCUGAACAUAGAUCUGACUGCUUACUUGGAGAAGAAUUGUCUUGGAGAUGUCUGUAUAUUGAAUGCCACAGAGUGGGUGAGAGAACACGCUUCUGGCUAUGUCAGCAGAGAUGCCCUAUCUUCCCCCUCAGAAAAUACAGUCCAGCCAGUCGAUCUUAUUCUUACAAGGCUCUGGAUCUAUAGCCAUCACAUCUACAGUAAAUGGAAGAGAAAGAAUAUCCUAGAGUGGGCCAAAGAGCUUUCCCUGUCUGGGUUUAGCAUGCCUGGGAAACCUGGUGUGGUUUGUGUGGAAGGUGCACAAAGUGCCUGUGAAGAAUUCUGGUCAAGACUCCGAAAACUGAAUUGGAAGAGGAUUCUGAUUCGCCAUCGAGAAGACAUUCCUUUUGAUGGUAGAGAUGAUGAAAUGGAAAGGCAAAGGAAGUUUUCCACUUUUGAGGAAAAAGUGUUCAGUGUCAGUGGAGGCAGAGGAAACCGCAUGGACUUCGGUCAGCUGUAUCACUUCCUGAAUACCAAAGGAUGUGGGGAUGUUUUCCAGAUGUUCUUUGGUGUGGAAGGACAAUGACUGAGGAACAGUGGAUGAAUGUACUUUGUCACUUUUGGCCGCUUGAUUUUUUCCCCCACUUUUUAUUGGAAGUUUGAUUUUAUUUUAAUUCCAUUCCAGAAUGGUAGGAGGAAAAAGGAAAAUGUGAAAAUAUGAUAGUUUCAAUGAAACUGUAAAAAAUAAGUCAUGAUUGAAAGCAGAACUGAGUUUUAAAUUAUAGUCUUUAAUUUGUCAUAGAAAUUUUUGUUUUUUUAAAUGUAUUUAGUACAGGGUCUACAGAGUUUCACUAUUUUAUUAUAAAAUAAAACCAGCUUUGUUUAAAUGUCUGUGCUUAUUACUAGCAGUUGCUUUACUCCUUUGUUCCUGGGUUUGUCCAGCUGAGGUACAAAAGGAGGAGAACUUUAAAAAAUGAAACAAAACAGGGCUCACCAGUUCAUCAAAUUGGUAAUUUUGAGAACCUGGUUUUGGCAAAUUGGCUUUUGACAAACUUUUUACUCUGGAAAUGGCUUCUGUAAAUUUAUAUUUGGUAAA